CAAGUUCUCUAGAGCGAAAGAGAGAUCACAGCUAGCAACCAUUGCAAAUGAAAGAAGAUUGAAGCUCAAGCAACUCCCUCAAGCUCUCUUUAUCGAGCAACUUCCACAAAUCUCUCUCUCUCUCUCUCUCUCUAAAUCCCCCGCCACACCACCUCGCACACAAUGUGUGCAUUGUGUGAGCCGCGAGUCUCUCUCUAACUGCUUUUCAAAACUCACAUCUGUCUUUUGAACCGCCAUUGAUGCGAAAACCAUGCUCCAUCCAUGAUCCAACCGAGAACAACGAUACCCCACGUUAGAGAGAGAAAGUCCUUUGCAGAAAAGCUUCAGCACGCCAAUGGAAAUUCUGGGUCCUGCGCCUCACCUCCAUUAGCCCAUUCCAAUUGGGUUUUUGGGCUUUUCUCUCUCUAGAAAAUGGCCCACCCCAUCAACCUGGUUUGAUCCCAAAAAACCCAUUUUCGAAGAGGCUGUAAUUCUCGAAAAUGGAGGUGAAAAUCAUGGAGGGGGGACCCAAUGACCCAGCAUGUCCUUUAAUGGUGGAUUCUAGCCAGGUAACCCAGAUAUCAGAGGGUGAUGAGAGAGAUGUGGUGCAGAGUUUAGUGGAAAUUAUUGAACGCAUUGGAUCUUAUGGUGAUUAUAGGAGGACCCAAAGAAAGGAAUGCUUCAAUCUAGUGAGGAGGAUGAAGCUUUUGGCUCCUCUGUUGGAGGAGGUUGGGGAAAUGGAGAGGCCAUUACCAGAGGAGGCCAUUGCCUGUUUCUGCAAGCUCAAGAAGGCGUUCAUGUCGGCGAAGAAGCUGUUGAGAACCUGUCAUGAUGGGAGCAAGAUUUAUCUGGCUUUGGAGAGCGAGUCGGUUGCCGGAAGAUUCCAUUCAGUGAAUGAAAAAUUGAACUUUGCUUUGGAUGACAUGCCUUAUGAACUGCUGGGUAUCUCAGAUGAAGUGAAAGAACAAGUUGAGCUAAUGUGCCUGCAACUUAGGAGAUCAAAGAGAAGAACAGAUACUCAAGAUAUCGAGCUUGCCAUGGAUACAAUGGUGGUGUUCUCUAAGAAAGAUGAUAGGAAUGCAGAUAGUGCUAUCCUCGAGAGACUUGCAAAUAAGCUGGAACUUCAUACCGUCCCUGAAUUAAGAGCAGAGUCUAUAGUUGUUAGGAAGCUCAUAAAAGAAAGAUCUGGGCAAAAUUCAGAGACCACUCAACAGAUUAUUGACCUCCUUAACAAAUUCAAGAAAAUUGCAGGCAUUGAGGAAAACCAAGGCUAUGGAAUUGACAAUGUCUUUUUGCCGAAAAGCCUUGAGAAAAGCCCUUCGUUAUUGAUUCCAAAUGAUUUCUUGUGCCCCAUUACCUUGGAGAUCAUGACCGAUCCUGUUAUCAUUGCAACUGGACAGACAUAUGAGAGAUCGAGCAUACAAAAAUGGCUGGAGUCAGGUCAUAGGACCUGCCCAAAAACCCGACUAACUCUCUCACACCUCUCUCUAGCCCCAAACUAUGCCCUCCGUAACCUCAUUUCUCUAUGGUGCGAGAAAUAUAAUGUGGAGCUCCCCAAGAAAGAAAACACCUCCUUGGGCUCUGAAGGCUCCUCUGAGCACAAAGAGGAAAUCUCUGCUGUGGUUCGAGACCUCUCCUCACACCUUGAAGCCCAAAGAGCAGCAGUCAUAAAGAUACGCCUUCUUUCUAAAGAGAACCCCGAUAACCGGGUCCUCAUAGCCAGAGAAGGUGCAAUUCCCCAUCUCAUCGGCCUUCUCUCAUAUCCUGAAUCCAAAAUCCAAGAAAACGCAGUGACCUCUCUCUUAAACCUCUCUCUCGAUGAAGGAAAUAAGAGGCUCAUUGCAAAGGCUGAGGCCAUACCAGCCAUUAUCGAAGUGCUUCGUCGUGGAAGCAUGGAGGCUAGAGAGAAUUCAGCAGCAGCUUUAUUCAGCCUCUCAACGGUUGAUGAGAACAAGGUAACUAUUGGCUCUCUAAAUGGGAUACCCCCAUUAGUGGAUCUCUUAAGGGAAGGGACAAUUAGAGGGAAGAAAGAUGCUGCAACUGCACUUUUCAAUCUCUCUCUAAACCAGGCUAACAAACUAAGGGCAGUAAAGACUGGGGCCAUACCACCAUUACUACAACUACUCCAAGAUAAGAACUUGGGUAUGGUGGAUGAAGCUCUAUCGAUCCUCUCUCUACUCGCUAUGAUACCAGAAGGGCAUGGAGUUAUAGGCCAGCAAUCCUUUAUACAAACUUUAGUGGAAUUGAUCAAGGAAGGGACACCCAAGAACAAGGAGUGUGCAGUGGCCUUGUUACUUGACUUGGGUCUCACCAACUCAUUCCAUAUAUUGGCAGCUCUCCAGUUUGGUGUUUACGAGCACCUCAUUGAGCUCGUUCAAAGUGGGAAUAACAGGGCUCAGAGGAAGGCGAGCUCUCUCUUGCAACACAUGAGCAAAUGUGAGCAGGUCCCAUGAGGCUUGCACCGACACUGUUAACCAUUUGGAUCAAAUUGUAAAGCUCCAUUCACCAUGUAACAACUCACAUUUCGUGUUCUCUCACCGUAUAAAGUCCAGUGCAGUCUAAGGGACUAUGAAAAGCCAUAUUCUGUUGGGGUUGAAAAACCAUACUCCUAUGAGAUCAGAUGAGGUAUGGUGAUAGUGAUUACAAGGGUCCUCUUGUACCUCAGUGUGUUCUGCUGUCACUCUCCCCAUAAGUCUACAUUCCAUUGUAGGAUCAUGACCCCAAUUCACUAUGGUUUCUAAAGUUGAUGGGUUUGUAGUGUUCUACUUCUUAGUAUGGUUCUGACCUUCAUAUUCUCUCUCUUUUUUUUUGUUGUAUGUUUGUUAUGUCAUGUGCAGUUAUAAAUUAAAGUUAUUCACUGUCAUUUCUCUGUGGGAUUCAGUAUGUGGGUUCUGACCUACACAAAUUAUGCAUCGUUGGGUUAAUGUGUGAGUAGUAAACAAGGUAUUUGAUCAAGGGCUGGUAGAUAAGCUUGGUUCCUAAAGUGGGUUGAUUUUACAAUUGGUGAUUUGUGUUGGAUGUAACUAGACAAGGGGCCUGUCAAAUGCAGGUUAAAAUAAAGUUAUUAGUAGCUAAUUUAUUUUUA